AUGGGGGAGUUCCAGUGCAAGCACUCACGCACUGGAGGCUGCGUCUGCCCCCCAGGACCCCCAGACCUGAGAGGCCCCCUCCCCCGCGCCUCCCCCUCGCGAAGCUCAGGCUGGAGAAGACAGGCGUCUGGAGGGCGGCCGGAUGACGCCACUGCGAGCAUCCUUGGCAGGCGCGGGCUCCGGGGGGGGGCGGGGGGCGGGGCGAGGCGGGCCGCGGGGGCCGCAAUUGGAACUCGCGCGUCAUCUCCGCCCAGGGAUGCAGCUGGCAUCCAGCGCCCGCGCCCCUGCGGCAGGGGGAGGAGGAGACAGGCACCAGCCUCUGUCGCAGCUCUGGACCCCACCCCGGCCCCAACCUGGGACAGAGCGGAGCCCUCGGGCGCCCCACCCCUCUUUCCUUCCGACGAUGACCCCCUACCCUCCACCCCCUCUCGAGCGUCCCUUGACACCCGAUUCCCACAGAGGCCGAGUGACCUGCCCACUCAGCUCCCAGCUCUGUGCGGUUCCCGGGGCCCAAAGCCUUUUCACUGCAAGUGCCAGGUCCAGUGCCCCGGGGUUCACACACGCGUGCGUUCCCGGUCUUGGGGAGGUCAGAAAGCAAGUGGGGCCGAGAGUGGAGCUGGUAGACGCCCCCAGAGAAGGCAUUGCAGGAGGCACUGUUCUAGAGCUGGGUACGGCCCCCCAGAGUUCACCAGGGAGAGAAGAGGGUGUGCGGAGAGGGCAAUCCAGGUGCAGAGAACAGCAUGUGCAAAGGCUCAGAGGUGUGUAGGAGCGCCCCUGUGGCAACAGGCGGGGAACGUGCGCAGAGUGCAGAAGAGAGGAAGGUUUGGAGAGGGCGGGGAUGUGAAAGGGCUCGAUGCCAGGCGGCAGGUGGAGUUGGGUGCCAAGGAAGGCCGCUGGCCUGAAAGUCAGCUACCAAGUUGCAAGAAGUCCUAUGGAGAGGUCCAUGUAACCAGGAACUGAGGCCUCCUGCCAACAGCCAUGCGAGUGUGCCAUCUUGGAUGUGGAUCCUCUAGCCCCAGUGAAGCCUUCAGAUGACAGCAAGCCCCGCUGACAAUUUGACUGCAGUCUCUUAAGAGACUCUGAGCUGAAACCACCCUGCUAAGCCACUCCCAGAUUCCUGACCCACAGAAACCAGUGAGAUAAUAAAUAGUUGUUGUUUUAAGCCACUACACUUUGAGGUAACUUUAACGCAGUAACAGAUAACUAAUACCUGUGGUAAGAGCCUCGUUUUAUGGAUGAAGAAGGUGAAGCUCAGAGGGACAAGGUGACCGACCAGCUCAAGGUCUUGGAAUGAACAAAUGGCAGAACUGGCUUGCAGUCAGAGUAGGGCCUUACAGGUGGUAUGUUGUCAACAGAUACUUACUGAAUUGGCUCAACCAAUCAUAUUUUUCUGAUAUCAAGUUAGGUUAAAGUUGAGCUACAACAGUGAGCAGUUAAAACCAACUAUUAUAACCACAAUAAGAGUCGGUAUGCCUAAUCAAGUGUAAUGGCUCCCAGGGACAUCUGUUCCAUUAGGUGACUCACUGACCCAGGGAAAGGCCAAGGCCUGUGUGUGUGGACAUCUGU